AUGGAUUUGAACAGCACUGCAAGUGACAUACUAUUACAAAAAGAAACCUGGCAAGGCAAGAUUAUUUACAACCAGAGUCAAAAGAAUAUCCUCCAAGCAUGGUUUGAACAUGACCCUUACCCUGAAAAAGCUAACAGGAAACAACUGGCCAAGGAAAUUGGCAUUCCAGAAUCUAAAAUUCAGAUUUGGUUUAAAAACCACAGAGCAAGACAGAGCCGAUUGGGGUUCAGCUCCUCCUUAGGAGAAGACCAAACCCAUGGACAGAACCAGCCUCAGCCUUAUACUCAAGAAUACUUACCAAAAGGAGCCACACAAGACCACACAUCUAUUCCAAGAUCUCAAUCAAACAUUCUAGUUCAAGCCUUCAAGAGGAACCAAUUCUUUGAUAUUGCAAACAGGAAAACACUAGAAACAGGCAUUCCAGAAACGGGAAUUCAAUUUGAGAACAGCCAGAAUCGCUUGUCUUAUGAUAUCCAUGUCUCCGUCUUUCACACGGAGAUGUGGUUUCAGGACCCAAGAUCUCUGUACCCUGGGCAGAGCACAAUACUGCUGACUAUGGGAGGAGACCCAGAUACUCAGUACCCCUUCUGGCCCCAAUACCAAGAACGCCAGGAUCACCAAGAACAGACUGACAUGGGAGUACUGCAGUUGGAAGACUAUUCUCAGCCUCAAGCUGAGCACAAAAAACCACCACCACAGGAUCUGAGCCAGGUGGACAUAUCUUACUUUCUGCAGUGGUGGGAUGAGUGCUGCCAGGCUCUGAUUGCAGAGCGGGAUCCUCAAAAAGGGACCCACUGA